AUGGCAGACCAUGAUCUUCGCACAUUCACUUCCAUCAUGGAUGCUCUGGUUCGCGUAAACUCCAACAUGAAGAGCAUGGAGCGGGAGUUGCGCUGCCCUGUGUGUGAAGAGAUGGUGAAGCAGCCCAUCGUGCUGCCGUGCCUGCACAGCGUGUGCGUGCUGUGUGCGGCCGAGGUGCUGGUGCAGCGGGGGUACCCGCCGCCCGAGCUGCCCCCCGAGCCCAACACCCCCACCUCCAGCCCCCACACGCGCUCCCCGCGCCACGCACGCAGGCCCCCGCCCAAGACUGGCCUGGACCGGGUCCUCAAAACAGUGUGUGGUUCGUACCCGGGGCGCAGGCGUAAGGACACGCCUCCUCUGCUGAUGCUGUUCCCGUGUUCGCUGUGCAAGAAGGACGUGGAGCUGGGGGAGAAGGGCCUGACCGACUGCCUCAGAAACCUCACACUUGAACGCAUUGUAGAAAGGUACAAGCAGUCGGUGAGUGUGGGCAUCAUGGCGGUGAUGUGCCAGUUCUGCAAGCCCCCCCAGCCGCUGGAGGCCAGCAAAGGAUGUGCCGACUGCAAGGCCAACUUCUGCAACGAGUGCUUCAAGCUGUACCACCCCUGGGGCACGCCGCGCGCCACCCACGAGCACAUCCUGCCCACGCACAACUUCCGGCCCAAGGUGCUGGUGUGCCCGGAGCAUGAUCAGGAGAGGCUGCAGUUCUACUGCCGCGUGUGCCAGCGCCUCCUGUGUUCACUCUGUAAAAUGCGCCGCGUCCACUCUGGCCACAAGGUCCUGCCCAUCGCCCAGGCCUAUCAGACCCUAAAGGAGAAGAUCACCAAGGAGAUGAACUUUGUCCUGUCCAAUCAGGACACAGUGCAGAUGCAGAUCGGCCAAUUGGAGGGCGCCAUCACUCAGAUGGAGCUGAACAGCAGUGUGGCGCAGGAGAAGCUCCUGGCGGUGGUGGAGCACCUGCGGGGGGCGCUGGCGGAGCGGCAGGCGGUGCUGACGGUGGCCCUGGAGGAGUCGCGCGCACGCCGCCUGGAGCUCCUGGAGAACCAGCUGCAGGAGAAGCGCAGCCUGCUGGAGGACGCCGGCCUGGUCUCCUACACACACGAGCUGCUCAAGGAGAGCGACCAGCCCUGCUUCGUACAGGCCGGGCGCAUCACACACUACAGGCUGGCCAAGGCUAUAGAGCACCUGCAGAGUUUCUCUCUGUCUGCGGACCCCUCCUUCAGGCACUUCCAGAUGGACGGAUCACGAGAGCACAGAGAGAUAGGCAACAUGGAAUUCAUACGAGCUCCAUUGGCUCCUGUCAUCGACACUCAAAAGACGUUAGCCUAUGACCAGCUGUACCUGUGCUGGCGACUCCCACAAGACUCGGCCCAGGCCUGGCACUACUCCGUGGAAUACCAGCGCAGAGUGGGCGGGGCCGGCUCUGUUUGGGGUGGGGUCAGGACUGAGGGCAAAGGGCCAAACUCCUCCGGCGGUUGGCUGAGGAUAGACGACGUGGGCGGGACAAGUGCUGUGGUUGACAGGCUUGAGAUGGACAGCGUGUAUGUGCUGAGGGUGAGGGGGUGUAACAAGGCAGGAUUUGGGGAGUAUAGCGAAGAGGUGUACCUGCACACUCCGCCCGCUCCAGUGCUUGCGUUUUCUCUGGACUCUCGCUGGGGCCUGCACGCUGACCGCCUGGCGCUGGGGAAGGGCCAGACGUACGCGCGGAGCGUGCCCGGGCUCGCCCUGCUGCAGGCAGCCGACCGCACCCUCACUUCCUGUCACCUGACCUCCGACCUGCUGGUGGCCGACCUGUCAAUCACGCAGGGCCGGCACUACUGGGCGUGCUCGGUGGAGCCGGGCUCCUAUUUGGUCAAGGUGGGAGUCGGACUGGAGGCCAAACUACAAGAAUGGUUUCAUCUGCCACAGGACAUGGCCAGCCCAAGGUAUGAUCCAGACAGCGGGCACGACAGUGGGGCAGAGGACGCCCAGGACAGCCCUCCCCCGUUCUGUUUCCUGACCAUGGGCAUGGGCAAGAUCCUGCUGCCCCACCAGGGGGUGACCCACACCUCCUCGGCGGGCCACCCACUCACCACCACCCCCCUGCCCCCCCGGCUGGGGGUGUGCCUGGACUUCGACAAGGGCCGCGUCACCUUCUACGACGCCCACUCCUUACGCAUGCUGUGGGAGGGCUCGGUGGACUGCUCAGCCCCCGUCUGCCCGGCCUUCUGUUUCAUUGGCGGAGGGGCCCUGCAGCUGCAGGAGCUGGUGGCCAAUCGCAGCAUCGAGCAGGCCCCGCCCAGGAGGGUCACCAUCCAACCACGUGCCACCAACCUCUGUAACUGAUUCUAUUUCUUACGUACGGGUCGCAUGUUCAGCCAAUCGGGUUGUCAGGAUGACAGGAGAAGCUACGUGUUUAAGCACCUUUGAAUUACCACUUCUUUUACCGCUACAUGAACUUUGAUUGAUUUGAGUUCGUUUUUUCUAUUUAUUUUGCUUACCAGGGAUGCUUUGUAUUGAGAUUUGUGUAAAAAAAACAUUCUAUACUAACCAAAUUUUAUACCAAUAUUACUUACUCUCAGAUUUGCACUAACACUUAACGGCGGAUCUUGGCAAAUCAUUCUCUCACGUUCAACAACCAUCUCGCUCACGGGAAGUCCUGCGAUUGUAAGCUUUGCAAAAAAAAAUGCAAAACCCCAACCUUCCUCCAGCCAAAAUGCAUGCAUGAUAAUAACUACAUAGCCUGAAUGUGACUUAGUUCCGUAUCCCCCUCGGCGCCUUCUUCCAUUUCAGUAUAUGGCAACAAACAAACAAACAGGACAGGAAUGGACACUUGAGCUAGUGAUUUGCAACGAUCUACCAAACACUUCUAAUUAGCAUAGCAUUAGCAAGCUGAUAAACGAUUUGGAUGGAUACUGUCAUGAUUGAUUGUACUGGAAGAUUGAAUUGGGGAUUUUUUUUCUGAAUGUUCUAGACGUUUUGUUAAUUGGGAAUGUACUCACUGGUCAGCACCUGCAUAAAUGUCUUCUUCUG